AUGAGAGAGAUUGUUCAUCUGCAAGCUGGACAAUGCGGUAACCAAAUUGGUGCCAAGUUCUGGGAGGUGAUCAGCGAUGAGCAUGGAAUCGAUCCCACGGGCACAUACCACGGCGACAGCGACCUCCAGCUGGAACGGAUCAAUGUGUACUAUAAUGAGGCUACGGGUGUGUGCGUUGGUACAGGUGGAAAGUAUGUCCCUCGUGCUGUGCUUGUGGAUCUUGAGCCUGGCACCAUGGAUUCUGUGAGAUCUGGACCCUUUGGCCAGGUCUUCAGACCAGACAAUUUUGUAUUUGGGCAGAGUGGUGCUGGAAACAACUGGGCUAAAGGCCAUUACACAGAAGGAGCAGAGCUGGUGGACUCUGUUCUGGAUGUGGUGCGUAAAGAGGCUGAAAGCUGUGACUGCCUGCAGGGCUUCCAGCUCACCCACUCCCUGGGUGGUGGCACUGGUUCCGGCAUGGGCACACUCCUGAUCAGCAAGAUCCGCGAGGAGUAUCCUGACCGCAUAAUGAACACCUUCAGCGUGGUGCCCUCACCCAAAGUGUCUGACACUGUGGUUGAGCCCUACAAUGCCACUCUGUCUGUUCACCAAUUGGUGGAGAACACAGAUGAAACAUACUGUAUUGACAAUGAAGCUCUGUAUGAUAUCUGCUUCCGCACACUCAAACUUACCACUCCAACAUAUGGGGACCUCAACCAUCUUGUGUCUGCAACAAUGAGUGGUGUCACCACAUGCCUGCGUUUUCCUGGCCAGCUCAACGCUGACCUCCGCAAGCUGGCCGUGAAUAUGGUGCCUUUCCCUCGUCUGCAUUUCUUCAUGCCUGGUUUUGCCCCCCUUACCAGCAGAGGCAGCCAGCAGUACCGCGCCCUCACUGUGCCCGAACUUACCCAGCAAAUGUUUGACGCCAAGAACAUGAUGGCUGCCUGUGACCCUCGCCACGGCCGCUACCUCACCGUGGCCGCCGUCUUCCGGGGGCGUAUGUCCAUGAAGGAGGUGGAUGAGCAGAUGCUGAAUGUGCAGAACAAGAACAGCAGUUACUUUGUGGAAUGGAUUCCUAAUAACGUGAAGACCGCUGUCUGUGACAUCCCCCCUCGCGGCCUUAAGAUGGCCGCCACCUUCAUCGGAAACAGCACGGCCAUUCAGGAGCUGUUUAAGCGCAUCUCUGAGCAGUUCACCGCCAUGUUUCGACGUAAGGCUUUCCUGCACUGGUACACAGGAGAGGGCAUGGAUGAGAUGGAGUUCACCGAGGCAGAGAGCAACAUGAACGACCUGGUGUCUGAAUACCAGCAGUACCAGGAUGCCACUGCAGAAGAGGAGGGUGAAUUUGAGGAAGAGGGGGAGGAAGAACUGGCAUAA